AUGAAAAACUUCAAUGAAAAACCAUUUGCCAGAGGUGAUUCUAUUAAACAUUUACAAACUCUUACACGAUCAAAUUCAAAUGCUAUAUUUGAUAAAAACAGCGGUGAUAGCAAUGGUGUUGAAAGUAAUUCUUUUACCAAGAAACCUGUUACAGCAUUUGAAAAAUUUCAAGCUUGGAUGAUAAAUGAAGGCAAUAAAAAAAUAUUUGCAACAGUUUGGAUCAUGAUUCAUGGAUUGAUAUUUUCAAUGGCACUCAUUCGUUAUUAUUUAGAUGAUAAUUUAACAAAGGCUAGAAGCGAGCUUGGAAUGACAUAUACAAUAGCAAGAUCAUCAGUACUGGUUCUUCAUGUGGAUGCGGCAUUCAUUUUAUUUCCAGUUUGUAGAAAUUUAAUUUCAUUGGUUUGA